AUGACCAAUCUUUGUGCAUUAAGUGCUCGUUUUACGAAUGAAAUGGUCUCUGAAUAUAGGUCUACAAGAACACGUAAUAACAUUGAUGAUGAAAUGAUCCUAUGCAAAGAUGAAGAUAUUCAAUGGUUGGUUAAUCAGUUAACACCAACCUGUGCAAUAGGUAGACAUCCAUUUUGUGUUAAUCAUAUUCGAAUAUGGAUUAAAUAA